AUGGCUCCCACAAUUACUUUAUACACUGCUCCCCCUUGGGCCCAUCGCGCUCAAAUCGCUCUCCGCGAACUCGACAUGGAAUUUGAGACAAUUCUCAUCGAUAUUACGGUCCCUCGCACGCUCGAAUAUUUGGCCAUCAACCCCCAAGGUCUCGUCCCGGCCCUUGUGUAUGACGGCCACGUCCUGACCGAAUCCGGUCCUAUCACUCAAUUCUUCGUGGACUCUCACCCCAGUCAUAUACUCGAGUCGAGCGCUGAGCCCAGCGGCGCUUUGCAACGAUACAACAUUGGUUUCUUUGUGGAUACGUAUUUUGGAAAUGUUCAACCCUUUUUCGAUGCGGCUGUCCUAUCUAGCGGCGAACAAGAGAUCACUGCCACGAACAAGUACAUCAACGCUAUUGUCAAAAACAUCGAGCCUCUUCUCGCGGAUGCCGCGCCGUUUUUGGGUGGCUCGAGUCGUCUUACAUUAGCAGAGGCAUAUAUUUCCUUGGUAUCGUGA